GAUUGCACACGGUAUAUGAAUCAGGGAAUAAGUCUGGGUCGGAAACAGAGUGCUGCGGACUCACGAACAUCAUGAAGCUCAAUACUUUAUCCACUAUUCUUACGUGUGCCCCGUUACUACUUCUUCUACAUGGAAGCUCAAGGUCAACCGUGCUCGCAUCGCCAUACAGUGACAACGAUUCUGGCAGACGCAUCAUAAAUGGACAGCAAGCCGAUCCCGCAGAUUUUCCAUUUUUGGUGAGACUCGUCGCGGACGGAAAUCUCUGCGGUGGCAGCAUAAUAAACAACUACUGGAUCGUCACUGCGGCUCACUGUAUAGUCAAGGAUAGAUGUCAGGCGAUAAAAAUAUACCCUUCGAAUUCGGAGCGUGGUCAGCCACCGCCGAUACAUACUGCCGAAUGCGUGAUCCACCCCCAGAACGACCCGAGACGGUACGCCUUUGACGUCGCCCUCAUAAGAACUGUUGAAAACAUGGUCAGUGGUGGACUUAAGGCGAUCUCCCUUCCGCCACCAGGCACCCGUUACCCCCCUGGCACUCCGGCUACCAUCGUGGGCUGGGGAAAAAUGGGAUACGACGAAUAUCCUCAAACUCUUUUACGCGGACAGUCAGUGCUUGUGACCUGGGACGUGUGCAAUUCAGAGUUCAAGCCUGGUGCAAAUCGUUGCAGCGGCAACCCGGACUGUAACGUUGAGGAUAUACCGAACAGAAUAUUGUGCGCCCGAGGCCAAGGACCAGAUCCGCAAAGUACGUGUGGCGGAGAUUCUGGAGGCCCUGUCAUUAUUAACGGGGACCUAGCAGCGAUCAACACUGCAGCAAUAUACGACAGUAACGACACGCUUAAAGCAGGAUGUGUACCUGCGAGUCCGACGAUGCACACCAGUAUCGUUGACUAUUUACCAUGGCUAUUCUCUCUUGUUGAUCCUAGCGUCAAUACGGCAGGGUUUCCGGUAGCUCCAGAAUCCAGCACCACUUUACUCGUCGAUGGUUGAGGCAUAUUCCCAGGCAAUUGGCAAGUCGGCAUCGAGUGUUGGAAAACAAAUAGAAAUCUGAUUAGUACAUGACUUUCAAAAUUUUCCACAGUUACACACGAUGAUGAGUUUACUUUGUUCAACAAAAUAAAUACAUGGAAAAAUUGUGA